AUGGCGAAAGCUGCCUCUCUCCUUAAGAGUGUCGUCCAAGCGUUAACAACAUUCUCUGCUUGCAAGAGCCAAAUUAAACAAGCUUUGUAUGCAUUCAGAAGCGAGAAAAUCACAAACAUUGUAAAGAACUUCCAAGGGUAUAAGUUCAAACUGAGAACGCGCCAUAAAGGCCCGCUCUACCUGAGCAUCAUGGUGCUCAACGGUCCCGGGCCUGACUCGCUGAGGUCAAGAAGAGCUCGGGUAAUACGUCGGGAGCGGAUCUGCAUCCGAAGAAGAGACGCGGUAUCGUGUCAGCAGCUGGGACCGGGAUUGCGGGAAGGCUUCGCUCGUCCCAAAGCCAGGCCCGACUGGCUCGCCGAGACCGCUCGCCAAAUAGCCAUGUCUCGCCCUCGGUGGGCCUUGAGCCGUGGGGGUAUUUAG